AUGUCGGCGCCGUGGGACUACAUCGCCAAGCUCGUCUGCAUCGGCGACUCGGGCUGCGGCAAGUCCAGCCUCACCAUCCGCCUCUGCGAGGGCCGCUUCUCGCCGCACCACGACGUCACCAUCGGCGUCGAGUUCGGCUCUCGCAUCGUCCCCGUCGGCCCCCCUCACAGCAAGCCAGCCCUGGCACCUCCCGCCAGCAGCACCCCCUCGACACAACAACAACCCUCCUCCUCCGAUGCCGUCGCCGCCGCCGGCCUGCCCGACCCGCCCCGCGACACCAGCAAGACCCCCCAGAAACACAUGAAGCUCUCCCUCUGGGACACGGCCGGCCAGGAGACGUACAAGUCGGUCACGCGCUCCUACUUCCGCGGCGCCUCGGGCGCCCUCCUCGUCUUCGACCUCUCGCGCCGCGCCACCUUUGAGCACGUCACCGACUGGCUCAACGACCUCCGCCAGAUCGCCGAGCCGGACAUUGUCGUCGUCCUCGUCGGCAAUAAGGCCGACCUCGUCGGCGGCGCCGCCGCCGAGGCCCGCCAGGUGUCCCGCAACGAGGCCGAGGCCUGGGCUCGCGCCAACGGCGUCCUCGAGUACGUCGAGACCAGCGCCAAGAGCGGCGACAACGUAGAGGCCGCCUUCAUGCGCGUCGCGGAGCGCAUAUACCACAACGUCCAGGCGGGGAGGUACGACUUGAAUGAUCGGAGGUCCGGCGUCAAGGGGCCCAAUGCGGGAGGUGGCGCGGGCCGCCAGGUCAAGCUGGGUCCCAACGGCGGCAAGUCCAUCGCCGGUGGAUGCUGCUGA